AUGGACGGGCAGUUCACGAAGUUCCUCUCCGAGGUUCUCAACCGCGCCCGGCAGGACGGCUGCGGGCGCGUGAUCAUCAUCACCAGCACGGCCGCCAACGCGAUCAUGAGGAAGAGCGUCGAGGUUAACAACCGCCGCGAGAAUGGGAUUCAGGUCCAGCUCUUCGAGGAGGCCGAGCUCGCGGUGAACAUCACCAAACACGAGCUCGUGCCCACCCACACCCCGCUUGAGCCGGAGGAGGUCAAGAUGGCCCUCCAGGCCCACGCCCUCGAGCUCCAUCAGCUCCCUCGCAUGCUCGCAAGCGACCCCGUCGCCGCCUACUUCGGCCUCGAGCGGGGGCAGGUCGUGCGGAUCGAGCGGAAAAGUACUUCGGCCGGCCUCUACGUGACCUACCGCCAGGUCGUCUGA